AUGGUCAAUAAAAUGACAGCGAGGCAGAGCGUGAGCGUUGCGAUCGAGGCCGAGUUUUCGUCGACUCGUUUCAUCAUCAUCCAACCCUCUUCGCCUUCUUCGGCGGUAAACUCCCGAACGCCUCCUGUGGUCGCUGGAGCUACAAAGAGGUUGGCUUCUUUUUUUGAAAAAUUUCACACUACGUAUUCACUGAAUUUCCGUCAAACCUCCUCCUUUUCCAUCUUGGAAAUUGAUUAA